GGCGGCGAGGAGCGAGAAGUUGAGGCAGUUGGGCCCGUCGGGCGCCCACGUCGUGGUGGGCACGCCGAAGAGGGUGCACGACAUGGCGUCCAAGGGCCAGCUGUCCCUGCUCCGCGUGACGCUCCUUGUGCUCGACGGCGCGGACCGCCUGCUCGACAAGGCCACGCUGGCCGAGGUGCGGGAGCUGCACGGCUGGAUCCGCCCCGAGCGGCAGACGGUGCUCGUGGCGGCGACGUGGCCCAGGCAGCUGCACCUGCUGGCGGGCGACCUCUGCUACGCGGCUGGCCUGCCGGUCCGCGUCAGCGCCUCCGGCGCCACUGCGGCAGCGCCGGCCUCCAAGAAGGCGGGCGCGCGCGCCGCCUCCGUGGGCGCGUCGACACCCGUGCCGGACGCCGGCUUCGAGGAGGUCGAGCUCGAGGAUGAGGCCGAGCAGGUGGCCGCCGCCCCUGGCGACCCCGCGUGCGACGACGACUUCCCCGACGACUGGGAGGCCUCGCUGGCUUGAGGCCGCCCGGCAGCGGCUCUCGGCGCCGUCCGCGGGGGGAGGCGCGGCGCGCGCGCGAGAGGCACGGCGGUGGAGCGCUCGGGCGGGGCGGCUGCAAAACGUCCGGCGAGCAGCGGCCAUCUCUCGAC